AUGGCAGAAGAACAGCUAAACAAAAUGUCAAUUCACAAUGAUGAAGAUGAUGUAGUAGACCCAUGGAAUGUGUCUACUAAAUCUGAAUCUGGGCUUGAUUAUGAUAAAUUAAUUAAACGAUUUGGAAGCCAAAAAAUUGAUCAAGAACUAAUAGAUAAAUUUGAAAGAGUUACAGGAAAAAAAGCACACCGCUUUCUAAGACGAGGGAUAUUCUUCUCUCACAGAGACUUGCACAGCAUUUUGUCACUACAUGAAGCAGGAAAAAAGUUUUAUUUAUACACUGGCCGUGGGCCCUCCUCAGAGAGCAUGCAUAUUGGUCAUAUGAUUCCAUUCAUGUUUACAAAAUGGUUACAAGAUGUAUUUAAUGUACCACUUAUUAUUCAGCUGACUGACGAUGAGAAGGCCAUGUGGCGUGAUAUCAAGGUCGAGGAAGCUCGCAAGAUGGCGCACAGUAAUGCUAAAGACAUUAUAGCGGUCGGCUUUGAUCCUGGCAACACUUUCAUAUUUAACGAUUUAGAUUUUAUUGGACAGUGUCCAGCCUUUUACCAAAACAUGGUUCGGAUACAAAAAUGCGUGACUUUCAAUCAAGUCAAGGGUAUAUUCGGAUUUGGAGAUUCUGACGUCAUCGGUAAAAUUACAUUCCCGUCGAUAGAAGCGGCACCUGCCUUCUCAACUACCUUCCCCUUUAUAUUUGGUGAUAAAGUUGUGCCGUGCUUAGUUCCAUGUGCGAUUGACCAGGACCCGUACUUCCGUAUGAGCCGCGACGUUGCCGCCCGCCUCAAGCUGCCCAAGCCAGCUCUCAUCCACUCGACCUUUCUCCCUGCAUUGCAGGGCGCACAACACAAAAUGUCAGCAAGUGAUCCCAACGCUUCAAUAUUCCUCAAUGAUACUCCGAAGCAGAUUAAAAACAAGAUAAACAAAUACGCCUUCUCAGGCGGUCAAGCAACGGUAGAGGAGCAUAGAGAAAAGGGCGGGAACACUGAUGUAGAUAUAUCCUUCAAAUAUUUGACUUUCUUCCUUGAGGAUGAUGACGAGUUAGCUGAGAUAAAAAAAUCUUAUGAAUCUGGAGAAAUGCUAACAGGGGAAUUGAAGAAAAUAGCGAUCGAGACGAUAACGCCAAUCAUACAAGAGUACCAGGAGCGCAGGGCUAAAGUAACGGACGACGUUAUGCAAGAGUUCUUCAAGAUUAGAAAAAUAAAUGUCUAA